AUUUUAUCGUCCGCGUCAUCUCCUCCGUUCUCAGCCCAGUCUCGCCACCGGCGUGGUUCUUUUUCCCGGACGCGUCGCUUCUUGUUCCCGACUCUUAGCUGUGACUGUUUCCAUCGCCAUGGAUUAUCUGAAAUCCGUGGUUCCUUCUCAACUCGUCUCCGAGCGGGGUUCUAAUCUUGUCGUCAUCAAUCCAGGCUCUGCAAAUGUUAGAAUAGGCCUUGCUCAACAGGAUGCACCUUUUAACAUUCCUCACUGCAUUGCUCGCUAUUCUAACCAAGUGCCCAAGAGAAAUGUGCAAGAUCAGAUGCUUAAUUCUCAGAUUACAACAGCUCAGCACAUUGAGCGUGAGAAGGCAUAUGAUAUUAUAGCUUCACUGUUGAAGAUUCCCUUCCUUGACGAAGAAGUUGCAAAUAAUGCUUUCCCACGCAAGAUGGGGCGUGUUGAUGGAUAUAAUCCACAGAGUGGCAAAAAGGAUCCACCCUUCACUUGGACAACUGUAGUUGAGGAGAAGCCUAAUUUAUCUGCGGAACCAGAAGGUUCUGCAAAUAAGGCUUCAUCCAGUGACUCCUUGGACCAGCUUGAAGCUAAUGAUUCUAAGGAGUUUAAUGUGAAUAACCACAAGUUCAGACAGCUUAUUUAUGGCGAGGAAGCACUAAAGAUAUCCCCCACUGAGCCAUAUUGCUUACGACGUCCGAUUCGCAGGGGUCACUUUAAUGUUUCUCAACAUUAUCCUGUGCAGCAGGUAAUUGAAGAUCUGCAUGCUAUUUGGGACUGGAUUUUGUUGGAGAAACUGCAUAUCCCUCAUUGUGAAAGAAACAUGUAUUCUUGUAUUCUUGUUGUGCCAGAAACAUAUGAUAAUCGUGAAAUAAAGGAAAUGUUGUCAAUUGUAUUGCGUGACUUGCGGUUUAGCUCAGCAGUGGUCCAUCAGGAAGGCCUUGCAGCAGUAUUUGGAAAUGGACUGUCUACUGCAUGUGUGGUGAAUAUUGGUGCUCAGGUGACGUCUGUCAUUUGCAUAGAGGACGGAGUGGCUCUACCCAACACACAAAUGACGUUGCCAUUUGGUGGAGAGGAUAUAUCAAGAUGUCUCCUCUGGACUCAGAGGCACCAUCAAACGUGGCCGCCAAUUCGUAUGGACCCUAUGUCAAAGCCCAUAGAUCUAUUGAUGCUUAACAGGCUGAAAGAGUCCUAUUGUCAGAUAAAAGAAGGGGAGCUUGAUGCUGUGGCUGUAGUUCAUUCUUAUGAGGAUGGCAUGCCAGCUGGAUCUCAUAAAACAAGGCUGACUGCCCUCGGUGUUCCUCCAAUGGGUCUAUUCUACCCUUUACUUUUGGUUCCAGAUGUAUAUCCCCCUCCUCCCCGUUCUUGGUUUCAUGACUACGAGGACAUGCUGGAGGAUACUUGGCAUGUGGAUUUUCAAAGAAGACCCGACUUAUCAGAUAGCUUCUACCCAGGUGUCAACAGUGGAUUUCCAAUGUGGGAGAGCUACCCUGUUUUUCAAACUAAGCCGAAGAAAGAAGAUAUUGUUGGCCUUGCAGAAGCUAUCACUAGUAGCAUUCUCUCAACAGGGCGAAUAGAUCUUCAGAGAAAAUUGUUUUGUAGCAUACAGCUGAUUGGCGGGGUCGCUUUAACAAGCAAUCUUAUUCCUGCUGUUGAGGAGAGAGUUUUGCAUGCAAUUCCUUCAAAUGAAGCAAUUGAUACUGUUGAGGCUUUACAAUCAAGGACAAAUGCACCUUUUGUGCCCUGGAAAGGCGGAGCAGUUCUUGGAAUUCUCGACUUCAGUCGUGAUGCGUGGAUACAUCGCGAGGAUUGGAUACGUAGUGGGAUUCAUGUGGGUAGUGGCAGAAAAUAUAAGGAUUCUUACUUUCUUCAGGCACAAGCAAUGUGUUACAUUAAUUCCUAAGCUUUGAUAAAUAACAGUGUUUUAAAUUGUUCCAUAUUGUAUAGCAUUUGCUUUGUCAGAGAAACCAUCAGAAGAUGAAAUGGAAAAAAAAAAAGAAAAGAAAAGUUGUAAAAUAGUUUACUAACUUCAAA